AUGGCCCAGACCUACUCCUUCGACGUCGAACCUGUCGCCCGCUUUGCAGGUCAAAACGCCGCAAUCCGAAGGCCCAGAGAACUCACAUUCUUUUCCUACGAUGAGGACCACCAACUCCGCCACGAUGCUUCAAGUCUGCGCUACUACUAUCCUCCUGCCCUACCCUGCGACCUCAACAGAGGGUUCGAGACUUUUCGGCAGCUAGACGACUCGGCCGACGACCAUCUGGAUGGCUUAUUGGACGCGCUGAUGCUGUAUGAGAAGGAAAAGGGGCAGAAACUCGAGACGGACGUGAUAACAUGGCGUGGAAUGAUGACAAAGAUCAUGGUCGCGCCGUACUCCUCGUUCGACGACUGGGAGAUGAAUGCGACCUGUUUCCAGGGUACCAUCUUUAUCGAGGAGAACCAUAAUAAAAAGAUUGCUUCUCGUCAAGAACAAUUCUCUACACCCGCCCGACCUGGCGCCAUGUCCCAAGACAUUAUGAGUUUCUGGGGAUAUAAAUUCGAAACAGUGUCGCUUCUGCCAGAACCCUGGUCUGAAACGCCAAGGGAGUACAUCGACUCUCGCGAAGAUGAGAUUGUGAGCAACUAUGCACAGUAUUGUUCCAUUGUCCGCACAGGAUUUGGAAAGGUGAAAAUGAUCAUAGGUGGUGAGGUCGAUGCUGUCAUGGACUUCAAGCCCGAAGACAAAUCCCAACCGAUCAACUGGGUCGAGCUCAAGACCACUGCUGCUGUGACGAACGAGCGGGCACAAGUCAAGUUCGAGAGAAAGCUGCUGAAGUUUUGGGCCCAGUCAUUUCUGCUUGGAGUGCCAAAGAUCGUGGUUGGAUAUCGAACAAGCCAGGGGAUCCUCGAGCGUCUGGAAGAGCUGGACACCCAAGCCAUCCCGGAGACGGUGCGACUGCGGGGCAAGAAUCUGUGGGAUGGACAGACUUGCAUCAACUUUGCUUCAAGUUUUCUUGAAUGGCUGAAAGGUGUCAUCACCGAAGGUGGCGUCUGGAGGAUCCGAAAGCGAGAGAAGUCUCCCAGACUUGAGAUCUUCAAGAUCGAAGAGACAGGCCACGGAGACAUUUUGUCCCGGGCGUUCGUUGAAUGGCGAACACAAGGUCUGUCCGGUCAACAACAGGAACCCGCGACUGCCCUGAAUAAUGCGAAUGGCAAUGGCACAUGCCGAAACCUCCUUGAGCCACCAUGCUUGUAG